UUGACAAUUUAGAAAAAUAUAUUUCCAAUUUCCUUUCAAAAUUAACAAACUCUACAACUAUUUUAUAAUGCCUAGAAGUCGAAGUCGAAGCCGUUCACCUAAAAAAGAUCAAAUUCACCAAGACGGCACAGAAGAUCAAGGUCACGAUCUGCAGAGCAAAAAGAAUCGAAAGAUAAGCAAGGCAAAGAUAACGCCAAUAAUGYGGAAGGUGGAGAAACCAACCCAGAGGAUGAUGACAUGAUGAAACUUAUGGGUUUUGCUAGUUUUGAUUCUACAAAGGGCAAGCAUGUUGAUGGCUGUAAUGCAAGYGCAAUAAGCGUWAAGAAACCAAGGAAAUACAGGCAAUACAUGAACAGAAAAGGAGGGUUCAACCGUCCACUCGAUUAUGUAGCAUAACACUUAUACAUUGUACAGUAUAAUAUUUCAUUUAUUACCCCUUGUUUAUACCUACAAGUGUAAAGCAGCCAUCCCCUAUUUUAAUAUAUCUACAUGUAUGUCAUUUUCAAAAAAGAAAAAAAGGGUGAAAUGUCAGUAUGAGUAAUAUUAUGGAUUUGUGCAAGAAAAGUGCUAGUUGGGCAAAAGAAAGUACAGAAAAAAGAUAGAAUAGUAUCAACUAAUGUUUCACGCUUUUUUAUUAAAGAGUCUUCAUUUUUUAUGUCCUAGUUUGUGGAAAAUUAUGUGCGUCAGGUAURAAAUGAAYGCACUAUAGUCAUACACUGUACAAAAGCUWGUCUAAUAAAACAAUAAUUGUAUUGUAGCUUCAACUAUGAUAAAUGUUGUUAUUUUGGAUUCCAAGUGUAAUGAUUUAGGAUCAUGAAAGCACACAGUACAGUUGACUGUUAAGUAUACUUUUGAUUAGACCAAAAACUGAAGAUUUUAUUGUCAUUGUUAUAAUUGUCUUUUUUGUAUUACAAUAAUGAUGAGACUCAAUAAAUAAAUAAUAUUUUUAAAACAA